AAGCAGGGUAUCGAAUUUCGCCACGUGUCGUCGUUGUCGGACCCCUCCUGCUGAUUCGGAGACUUCUCAGGCUCUCUGCGACUUCCGAACCUCGAGGGAGGAGAAAAGAGAAAUGGAAGUCGAGAGCUCGACGGCCGGAGCGAUGCAGCUGCUCUCUCCUCGCAACUUCCCCGGCGUCUUCGAUUCCGUCGACGCCUUCCUCUUCGAUUGCGACGGUGUCAUCUGGAAGGGGGACACUCUCAUCGACGGCGUUUCUCGGACUCUGGACUUGCUCCGAUCCAAAGGGAAGAAGCUGGUCUUCGUGACGAACAACUCGACGAAGUCGAGGAGGCAGAACGCCAAGAAAUUCCAUUCUCUCGGGAUUUCUGUGAGCGAGGAUGAGAUCUUCUCGUCCUCGUUCGCGGCCGCGAUGUAUCUGAAGGUCAAUGAUUUUCCUCAGGACAAGAAGGUUUAUGUGAUCGGUGGCGAAGGCAUUAUAGAGGAACUCCAGCUUGCUGGAUAUACUGGCCUUGGAGGUCCGGAAGAUGGCAAAAAGACAGCGGAGUGGACAUCAAAUUGCCUUUUUGAACAUGAUAAGAGUGUUGGAGCAGUCGUGGUUGGGCUUGACCCCUUCAUCAACUACUACAAGCUUCAGUACGGAACUCUCUGCAUCCGUGAGAAUCCAGGAUGCCUUUUUAUUGCGACGAAUCGAGAUGCAGUAGGACACAUGACUGACUUACAAGAAUGGCCUGGUGCGGGUUGUAUGGUUGCAGCCAUCUGCGGUUCAACUCAGAAGGAGCCUAUAGUGGUCGGGAAGCCAUCAACCUUCAUGAUGGAGUUCUUACUAAAGAAGUUCCAAAUUGAUUGUUCCAGGAUGUGCAUGGUGGGUGAUCGAUUGGACACCGAUAUCUUAUUCGGGCAGAAUGCUGGCUGCAAGACUCUGCUUGUUCUUUCGGGCGUGACAACUCUAUCUGCUCUUCAAGACCCGACAAACAAUAUUCAGCCGGAUUACUACUCAAACAAGGUGUCCGACUUUCUCGAUCUAUUAGAAGCGUGACCCUAUAGGGCAUGGCACGCCAGACUUUCUUUGCCUGAUUUUUCAAGUCCUUCCUUUUCCAAUGGGGAAACACAGAAGAUUGGCAUGAACAGCUUUCAGCUGUGGUUUUUUUUUUCUCCCCCUUUUCUUCAAUCACUAAGUCGGAAACAAACCAGGUGAACUGAGAUAAACCGGGUGUACAUUGUGAAGCCCGAUUCGUAAGGCGAACGGCUUCAAUUCGUGCCUGUGAAUUUGUUGCAAACUGCCUAUUCUUUUGUUGACCGUAUGUGGAAAAGGAGUUCCUUCUCCAAAAAGCAUAUUGCUUGACCCAAGCUAUGAGAGCUUGUUCAGCUGAGGUUACAUCAUGAGUUUUGCCAGGUAAUAUUGUAUGUCCUUUUGAAAUAGGAAGAUAAAUUUAUGACUGAGGAGCUAGUUAGACCAAUCGCUUAUGCACAUUACUGCA